AACAAGUGGUUCCUGAAGCAACGGACGAAUGGGAAUCGAGAUGUCGGCUGCGGUCUCGUUAAAUGCCUCUUGGCGUCGAAGUUAAACCGCUUUGAAUGUAUGCACUACAAAUUUCUUUUGCCCGUGACCAACAAGAAAAACACAGCAGAAGCCCAUCUGGAUCAGUAUUCCACAUGUAUCCCCGGGGCUGCUGUAUACAUCAGAUUCGCUCAACGCUACAACUGCCGUGCUUGCCAUUCAUCGGAACCCGGACAGCAUCAUGAUUGGUGCGCUGACGAAAGACACAAGACCCUAGAUGGGAUCGUCCGCGGCAACAGUUCAGGCACACAAGAGUCUUCAAAGCCAUCACCCAUACUUACAAACCCAUUCCACGCUACGUCCCCGGUUCCGCCAUGCAGGUUUCCUGCUCUCCAUUCUCACAGGACCGCGAGACUGAUCAGAUGUGGUUUCUUUAGUCUACAACACGGUAUCCCUGACCCCAAAGAUACCACGACAUCUUCAUACUGCUCGGCAGACGACGGAUAUGCAUCGGAUCCUGUCAUCUAUGGGCACUGUACCUCGUGCUUGGUAGCUGGAGGAGAGUCCAACUACCUAGCCAAUUACUUCACCGCCCUAGAAGCCGGCUGUCAAUACAAACCUGAAGCAGGAAGUGUCAUCGGCCUGAACGACACCAUCUUCUCCAAAUCUCCCGUCGGCAUCGUCGACCCUUCAACAGUCCUCAAGUCCGAAGAGGGCCCUAAGACCUCAACCACUAUCAUCGCCGUCAUCAUUUGCAUCAGUGUGCUCGUAAUCCUCAUCAUUUCAGCCAUAUUCUUCAUCUGCCUCAAAAAACGCCAAAGCAGAGCGGCCCGCGCCAGCGCCCAGCUCGACUACGCCGAGAAGCGAGCCCGGUCCCGACACCAGCGCCAGUCUUCGCUCUCUUUCCAGUGCCAGACUCAUGUGCUUUCGCCGCGUUUUUGGCCCGGCGUGUCUCAACCUGGUGAGAGUGGAGGAGACGAGACGACGAUGAUGAUGCCGGAUCCCACCAACAGCGAUGCCAACAACACCACGAGGCCCCUCUCCCAUCAGCCCGAGCACUCAGCCCCUGGCACACCAGCAAGAGGACUCUCCACCCGCCGUGUUACUAGCUGGAAGCAACACAACUCGCUGAUCUCGACGGUAGCUGAGGAUAAAGCCUGGGAGCACCAGCAACAACCACAAAUCUCGUCUUCCGACACCAGAAGCGCCGUCAACCCACUAGAUCUCCACACCCUAACCACGACCGGUAUUCCUCGCUCGCCCACCCGCGCUUACUAUGGAACUCCCGCAACCCCAGCGAGCUCCAACGCUUACUACAGCCCCUCCCCAAUGUCUGCCAGCUCAACCCGCAGCACUGCCGCCUUGCUUCCUUCCAUUCAGCCUUAUAACCCAUCUGACGACCAUCAGCAUCAAAACCAACAGACCCCGCAACUCCACAGCGCCAGCACCUUUGGCGGCCCUGCUGGCUCCGCUGGCCUGGGUGGGCAACAAAGUCCAUGGUCAGCGACGGCAGCUAGUAGUCCCUUGUUGAAGAAUUAUGGGUGGCCUUUACCUGCUGCUCCCCAGCCUCAACAAGGAAACAACGAGCAGCAGAGACGAUUCAAUGGAAGUAAUGUCAGUGUGACGACGCACGGCAUCCCGCCGUCGCCAAGGAGUCCGAGAUUUGGUGGGAAUGUGAUGAUGAAGAAGAAGCCGGCGGGGAGUCCGGUUGAGAGUGUGGCGAUUCGAACGAUGUUUGAUGCGCCACCAAAAAGUCCUCGAAAGUGA